AUGGGGCUGUGCGGGCGGGCUUGGGCCCGCUGCGGGGGCCCGGGCGUUCUCUGGGGCCUGGCGUUGGGCCGGGCCUUUCCCCGGCCGUGCCGUACCGGCGGAUGGGAGCCCCCGCGGGCGGAGGGGACGGCUCGGUACGGCCUCUGGGCGGCGGCGGCGGCGGGCGGCGGGGUGCCGGCCCCGCGGGGCGUCCGCGGGCUGAGGAGCUCCAACCCCUUCACCCGCAGGCAGGAGGAGGAAUGGCGGCGCCGGAACCGGUCGGCGCUGGCCUACAUCGCCGCCGCCGCCGUGGGGAUGGUGGGCAUGUCCUACGCGGCCGUGCCGCUCUACCGCCUCUACUGCCAGGCCACGGGCCUGGGCGGAACGACGGCCGCGGGCCACAGCUCGGAGCAGAUCGAGAGCAUGGAGCCGGUGCGGGACCGGGUCAUCAGGGUCACUUUCAACGCGGACGUGCAUUCCAGCAUCCAGUGGAACUUCAGACCCCAGCAGAGCGAAAUCUACGUGGUACCAGGAGAGACUGCAUUGGCAUUUUAUAAAGCGAAAAAUCCUACUGACAAACCAAUAAUUGGAAUCUCUACCUACAACGUAAUACCCUUUGAAGCAGGACAGUAUUUCAAUAAAAUACAAUGUUUCUGUUUUGAAGAACAGCGGUUAAAUCCUCAAGAGGAAGUGGACAUGCCUGUCUUUUUCUACAUUGAUCCAGAAUUUGCAGAGGACCCUAAAAUGGCUAAAGUUGACUUAAUCACUCUCUCUUACACCUUUUUUGAAGCAAAGGAAGGACAGAAGUUAGCACUUCCUGGAUAUCAGUAAUGGGCAAUCGCUGCACAAUCUGACUUCUGCUACCUGACUACCAGUUUUGAAACCAUUUUUCAGCAGAAGGAAAAACUGCAGGAGUACUGUGCAAUACAAAAUUAUAUCAUUAAACCACCAUGGGCACAUGCUGCUGUUACAAAAGGAUGUAUUUCUAUUUAAAAAAAACCCACCCAAACCCACAACUUAUGUAGUUGGAAUAUUAUUUCUUAGGGAUAGUAUUUUUUCAUCAGACAAUAGAAGGGAAUGUGCUGUUCCUGGAGGGGAGAGGGUUUUCUCAAGCCAUCUUUUUGUAAGAUGAUACAUGUUAACUGAACACUGUGAGGCAAAUUUUUAAACCCAAGUGUAAACUGAGAUCUGCAUUUAAAUACAGAGGAAAAAAUCACUUUAUUAAGCAUCUAAAAUUGCAUUGCUGGCUCUGAAGAAUAACUUCCAUGAAAGUUACCUUUAUAAAAAGGUAAAAACUACCAGGUAAUCGGUUCACAAAAUCUCAAAA